AUGCCGCUGCGUGGUGGAGUGCGCAGAGUUAGGAGAGGUGAGCCGCAGCCAGUGCCAAACAACAACAACAACAACAAUAAUAAUCAGAAUAAUAAUUAUAGUGAAGCCGUUGAGGAGAACGCGGCAAUUGCGACGAGAACAAGGAGAAGGAGGGCGGCUGCUGCAGCUGUUGCGGCACCGGUUGACGAUAACACUGCACCAGCAGCGGCGAACGAGAUUAGGGAGAUUCCAGAGCGGGAGGAGAGGGUUUUGGAGCAACCAGAAAGGAGAGAACAGGUGGGAGAGAGGCCGAUGGAUGAUUAUGGUAGUGGUGGAAAAAGAGUCGACAAGGCUACUGCUGAUGAAUCAUCAGCUGCUCCUCUUCCCGAAAGGGUUCAGGUUGGUGGUUCACCAAUGUACAGGAUCGAGAAAAAACUUGGCAAGGGAGGUUUCGGACAAGUGUAUGUUGGUCGCCGUAUCUCUGGUGGUAUCAGUAAUGAUAGAAAUGGCCCUGGAGCCAUAGAAGUGGCUCUAAAAUUUGAACAUCGUAAUAGUAAAGGAUGUAACUACGGCCCACCUCAUGAGUGGCAAGUUUAUACUACUCUAGGGGGGAGUCAUGGUGUACCACGUGUGCACUACAAAGGCAGACAAGGUGACUAUUAUGUGAUGGUCAUGGAUAUGCUUGGACCUAGUUUGUGGGAUGUUUGGAAUAAUAACUCUCACACGAUGCCCAUCGAAAUGGUGGCAUGCAUUGGCAUUGAAGCAAUAUCUAUAUUGGAAAAGAUGCACUCCAAGGGGUAUGUUCACGGGGAUGUGAAGCCUGAGAAUUUCUUGCUUGGUCCACCAGGGACCCCUGAUGAGAAAAAACUGUUCUUGGUUGAUCUUGGUUUAGCUACUAGAUGGAGGCACAAUACUGGUUUGCAUGUUGAGUAUGACCAAAGGCCAGAUGUUUUCAGGGGAACUGUUCGUUAUGCCAGUGUUCAUGCUCAUUUAGGUAGAACUGGUAGCAGGAGAGAUGAUUUAGAAUCUCUUGCUUACACGCUCAUUUUCCUUCUGCGUGGACGUUUGCCUUGGCAAGGAUACCAGGGUGAGAACAAAGGGUUUCUUGUUUGCAAGAAGAAGAUGGCAACGUCGCCAGAGGGUCUUUGCUGCUUUUGUCCUCAACCGUUCAAAUUGUUUGUGGAGUAUGUUGUAAAUUUGAAAUUUGACGAGGAACCAAAUUAUUCCAAAUGUAUAUCCCUCUUUGAUGGGAUUGUAGGACCAAAUCCAGAUAUCAGACCUAUCAACACGGAGGGUGCACAGAAGUUAACCUAUCAGGUUGGUCACAAGAGAGGCAGGUUGACUUUAGAAGAUGAGGUAGAUGAACAGCCAAGAAAGAAAGUUCGUAUGGGAAUGCCUGCUACACAAUGGAUUAGUGUUUAUAAUGCCCGUAAACCCAUGAAGCAAAGGUAUCACUACAAUGUGAUGGAUACAAGGCUUGCUCAGCACAUUGAAAGAGGAACAGAAGAUGGCCUAUUUAUCAGUUCUGUAGCAUCUUCUCAAAAUCUGUGGGCACUAAUAAUGGAUGCAGGCACUGGCUUUAAUGCACAAGUUUAUGACCUAUCACCUUCUUUUCUUCACAAGGAAUGGAUAAUGGAGCAAUGGGAAAAGAAUUAUUACAUCAGUGCAGUUGCAGGAGCUACAAAUGGGAGUUCAUUAGUAGUAAUGUCAAAAGGCACUCAGUAUCUGCAACAAUCUUACAAAGUGAGUGAUUCUUUUCCAUUCAAGUGGAUAAACAAAAAGUGGAGAGAAGAUUUUUAUGUUACCUGCAUGGCCACUUCUGGUAGUAGAUGGGCAGUCGUCAUGUCUCGUGGUGCCGGAUUUUCGGAGCAGGUUGUCGAGCUAGAUUUUCUUUAUCCAAGUGAAGGUGUUCAUCGGCGCUGGGAUGCUGGAUAUCGUAUAACUUCUACUGCAGCAACUUCGGAUCAGACUGCUCUUGUUUUAAGUGUUCCAAGAAGAAAACCAACUGAUGAAACGCAAGAGACACUUCGGACUUCUGCCUUUCCCAGUACACAUGUCAAGGAGAAAUGGGGAAAAAAUCUGUAUAUUGCAUCUAUCAAGACUUACUGGGCAAUCCAGCUGGAAGAACGAACCCGGGUCUCUGUAAAGGCUCAUUUGCAGGCAAUGUUGAAGAUGUGCUGCUGUUCCUCGCGAUAUUUGCAUAGCACAAAUGAAUGCUUGUGCAUCAAUGACAUUGCUAAUUCUUUCGCCGAUGGAUACUUGUGUACCAUUUGCAUUGUGGAUGAAAACUAG